AGAGGGGAGCUUUCGUCAAGUCUUUUGCCGCCUAACCAUCCGUCUGGGAUAAUACUGUCAAAUGAAAGAAGGGGCCUGUUUAGGUGGGGGGAUUAACCAUCUGAAACAGAUCGGCUCUGUCUGUGUGAAAUAGGGAAUGAACGACGAGACAGCAUCGGACAGCUGGAAGAGAAACUCCGGGUGCUCCAGGUGAAGCUGCACACAAGCUAAGCUAGCACACUGUUAUGGCUUACAGUAUGUAUUGAGCAAAUGCUGGCUGUGAAUCCCGGAAAGACGCCGAUCAGUCUGCUGCAGGAGUAUGGAACGCGGAUAGGCAAGACCCCAGUGUACGACCUGCUGAAGGCCGAGGGACAGGCCCACCAGCCCAACUUCACGUUCCGCGUCUCCGUCGGAGAGAUCAGCUGCACCGGCCAAGGGCCCAGCAAGAAGGCGGCCAAGCACAAAGCAGCAGAGGCUGCUCUGAAGAUGCUCAAAGGAGGCUUCGGAGGUCCUGCCGGGGUUGGUGUUGGAGUUGACAGAUUUAUUGGUGUUGACGUGUCUACUGAUGAAGAUGGGUCAGUUUCACAAAAUGUGAUGCCAGACUCCCAGUCUGAAAUGAAGACCUCAGGCAGUUCUCAGCAGUCCGAAUGUAACCCUGUAGGAGCUCUGCAGGAACUGGUGGUGCAGAAAGGAUGGCGUUUGCCAGAAUACACCGUCACUCAGGAGUCCGGUCCAGCACAUCGGAAAGAGUUCACCAUGACCUGCAGAGUCGAGAGAUUUGUGGAAAUUGGUAGUGGAACCUCCAAGAAGUUAGCCAAGAGAAACGCAGCAGCAAAGAUGUUAUCACGAAUACACGACGUCCCAGUAGACCUGAGGACAAGUAACGAAGCUGAAACAGAAGAAGACACGUUCAACAUGCACAUAGGUAACAGAGCUGAGUCAGGUAAAAGUAAAGGCUUCAGCUGCACAUGGGACUCUCUGCGUAACUCUGCUGGAGAGAAGAUCCUGCAGCUCCGCAGUCAUCCUCUGGGCAUGCCCUCUGACUCCAACUUCUGCUCUCUGCUGAGUGACCUGUCAGCUGAGCAGCGCUUCGACGUUAGCUACCUGGAUCUUGAGGAACGCAGUCUGAGCGGCCUGUGUCAGUGUCUGGUAGAGCUUUCCACGCAGCCAAUCACAGUGUGCCACGGCUUCGCUCCGAGUAUAGACGCCGCUCGGGCCAAUGCGGCCCACAAUGCACUGCAGUACCUCAAAAUCAUGGCCGGAGGGAAGUGAUGUCAUCUGCCUUCUCAAAGACCCAAACAAGCCCUGACACAGUGCCGGGAUAAAAUGUCCAUAAAGGAUGGAGGAGGCACUUUGUGGUUACUUCAAACAACAGGAAUUACCUCAAAUUUGGAAAUCAAGACAUUUUCUUCUGAUCCAGACGAGCCCCCUGGAGCCAUCUUUUUUUUUUGGAUGUCUUAAUUUUGCCAAUGAAGAUUUAGUUGCCCAAACACUCAUGGACCCCUCUCCUUGACAUUUAUCAUUUAAUUAUCAUUCACUAUUUCUAAAUUCUUUUUUGGUUCUUGUCUGCCCAGCAUUGUAAAGCAGCACUCUUUCUGAAAGUCUAACACUUACAGAGCCUUUACCUUAACAUAGAAGAGUCGCUCUUGUAGAGAAUCCCCAAAGAAUUGCUGAAAAUUCUGAUCCUACAAAAAGUUUAAACAAGUUGUAGAAAUUGGACUACGGAAUUUGCUUCUUAUUGGUGCUUCGUUUUGCCCCUUUAUCAUGGAUGAAAAAAAGAGACCAAAUUUCAAGCCACGCAAGGAACCAGGGAGAGAAAAAAGACUCUGCUGCACCCGUACCAGAGGAUGAUUAUUUUAAAGGCUGCCCCACUUCCAGAAGAGCUUGUACAAGAAUUGAAAAUGCGGAUUGUUUUGGACUUGAACCCUAAAAACUUUUUGUCUCCACGACGCUCUUGAUGUUGGGCCUUAAAGAUUUGAAUUCUGGGAUAUUCAUCCCUCUUACUUUAACUCUCAGUGGUUAAAACUCAACAUGUUGCCAUUUGUCUGCCAUUAUGAACUGAAAUAAGGUUUUCAAAAUUUAAACAUGGACCUUUACUAAUCAUGUUACUCCUUGGCGUUCCAAAAGUUGAAAAGGAGUCACGGUUUGACUUACCUGGCUAAUAAUAAUGUGAAUUGUCACAGUGAAGGAUGUAGUGUUGCCCCUUUUAUGAACUUCCUGUUUAAAUUUGUACAAGUUUAAAAAUGUACAAUCCAUACGACAGAAAAUCUUUUGACUUUGAGGAUAGUUAAACAUUCGGUUUGUCCCGAUUUUGACGCCCCGUGGACAAAGCGGUAACUCUUAUCUUCACUCAUUUCGUCCCUUUUUGAAAGUUUUUUUUUUUUUUAAUAUCUCCCACUUUAUUGAAACCUUUAAAUGUAUCACACAUCAAAAAAAUUGCUGUGGAAAUAGUAAAAAAAAAAAGGCUAUUUCUGCAGAGUGCGGUUAACCACUCCAUCUGACUCCCCCCCCAGCAGUGUUUACAGGCAUUAAGAUCAACAAGAAAUAAUCAAUCUUGUCCAUUUCAGUCUGAUUUGCUUUUGUAGGUCAAACACAGGCAUCAUCUUUAACAUUAGUGUGUUUCAUAACCAGCUACAAAACUCCACACAUGAGCUUAUAAAAGACUCUACAUUACAAAUGCUUUUAUUUUCUCAACUUUGGUCCCAUCUGCCCCAAAAUGUGUAAACAACAUAGUGAAGUGUAAUGACCACUGUUUGAGCAUUUGCAGUAGUGAUGUAUUACUUUAAACUUUAAACUCACUUUAGAUGUUUGACAUCAUAGACCAGAGAAACAAAACUACCUCAUUUUCUUUAAUGGAGUUCUAAAACUGAAUGUUUCAGUGCUCCUUUUGUCCGAUUUAGUUCCACUUGUGAUUUAAGUCACUUUGAUUUCUUUUCAGUCACUAUUCCCAAAGUGAAAUUUGAAUAUUGAUGAGUGAUUCUCUUCAUCGUAUUAUCCCUCCUCCUCUUCUUAAGGAUUCACCACCGUGUACUGUACUGUGUUUGCAUUCAUCUAAAAACCGUUUUAAAAAUACUUUUCACUUGUUAAAAAGUUAAUGUCCUUUGCACACUGCAGGCUGACCGUGUUUCAUUACUUUGACUCCCAAUCCAACUGGUAUCUCCUGGAACAGCACUGUGUGUUUCAAACCACCUAAUUCUCUGAACUGGAAGAUCUGCAUUUUGUUCUUCACAUUACUGUCAACGAUGAACUGAACCCGUUUUUUUUUUUUUUUGUGAGUUUCAGGUGCUAACUUUAAUACUUUUAAACAAGAAUUAUUUGUUGUGGUGAUAGAAAAUGUCUCCCAGUUUUUAGACGAACAAUAAAGUAAAAUGUGAAUCUGA